AGUACGCGUGGUUUGGCGUUUUGAUAAUAAUUGCAAGCCCAACAAGAAAAAAAAAAUAAAAGACAUGAGAAGAAGCAACAACUUAAAUAACAACAGAUGCCAAACUUGUGAAAUGGAAGAAAAUGUUUUUUAGUUAGAGGCUGAUGUUUAUAAAAUUACUCUUAUCUUAGUUUAGUUUUAAUUUCAUGACUCAAGUUUGUUAGUAAACUUUGUGAUACUGCACUGUUAACAACUUAAGUGGUAUAAUGUGUGUGUGGUCUAAACUAAGAAACGGAGGUUAAAACAUCUUACUGAAAAUACAGAAUACGUAGUUUUUUACAUUACAAAUACAGUAUACAUUUUCAGUUCCAGUAGUAAACUAAGAAAAUGUCACUUAAUAUGAAGUGCGUGUGGGAGUUAAGAAGACUGACAAACGAUACAACAAAAUCUGACAAUCCCAUUUUUCAUGUUCUACAAAAAGGCAUAUCUAUUGCUGGCCGUACUGCAGAUUGCGAAAUUAAAUGUAUGACCUGCAACGCGGUAUCAAGAAAACACUUCAGAAUCCACCUGAUGGAUGAUGGCUCCAUUUUCAUCAGGGAUCUUAAAAGUCUUAACGGAACGUUUCUUGGUGAUGAGAAAGUGAUAGCAAACCGUGACAUAUCCCUGCAGCAUGGUGACGUCAUCGGUAUGGGUGCCCAUCUUAACAAUAGGGAAGAUGAAAAUUUUGUCUUUCAGUUGUACCAAAGGAUACUGAAAGAGGAUGACCCUUGUAUUGAAGAUGGGAAUAAAUGUGUUGUUCCACUCAAAACCUCUGUUACAACAAAUAAAACAUCUAAAACCAAAGAGGAAAACAUUGCAACAAAUUUGGACUGUAUUCCUUCAACGUCAGAAUGUAAGACUAGAAAUAUUCCUCCUUCUUCACAAAGUCGUGUGAUUGAAAUAAUAAAUCUGGACUGCUCUGAUAGUGAAGAUGAAAUUUUAGAAGCUGCAGGUAAUGAGAAAAUGAAAGAAGAUGCAACCAAUGAUCAAGUUGUAAUAUCUACCAGUGAACAGAUGAGUCCACCUCCAUUGUCAAGUGACGAGGAAGCUUCAACUGAAGAUAGUCUUUCUAACGCAGAUCUUUGUAUUAACAAAGACAAAGUUGAAGGAACUAAUCCUUCCAGAAAAUUGAAUCUCUUGGAAAUUGAAAAUAAGCCAGAAAAUGAACUUCAAAAAUUAAAUUUUGAUGCUUUGGAGUCACCAGUUAUAGAUUUGACAUUUACGUGUGAAAUGGAUAAAACAUCUGAUAAAAAUACUAAUAAUAUUAGUCCAAAUUCGAUUUCAAAAGAUGUAUUACCAAGAGAUCAAGUUGGUCAUGAUGUUACUUCUAAUUCGAAUUUAAGCAAUAGAAAUGAAUGCACUAAAGGGAAUAUUGAAGUUAUUAAUGAAACACAUAACAGUAAUGAAGAAUUGGCUCUUCCUGAAAAUUCUUCACCAAUUAUGUCGUCUCCCAUUGGUCACCUCAUUGAUGAAAUGAUAAAAACAGCUGUAAACGAUGCAGAAGUAGUUCACCCAUUUUCUAACAAAAACACUGAUGAUUCAAAUAAGAAAAUCCCCGAUAACAUUGGUGAAGAUUCCAAUAAAUUAGAAAAUAGGUUUGAAAAUUCAGUGGAGGACUCUUCUUUCAUUAAAGAUUGUGAGAAAACAAAGGAAGAAAUGGACAAAACUUCUGAAAGAAAAUCAAAACCCACAUCAGAAGUAGAUGAGGUGGUAAAAGAUAUUCUGAAGAGAAGGUUAAGUAGUAAAUUAAGUGAGUCAAAUGCAUAUUUGUGUUAUGAUAAUACUGGUGCUGAUGGAGAUGAGUCAAUGGAAGAUAAAAUGCAUCAUACACAAACUACUAAUGACGAUAUUAUAAUAAUUGAUGAUGAUGAUGAACUCCCGUGUUCCCAGAUAUUUGAUUUUAAAGAUGAACCAGGGAUAGUUUAUUCACCUAUUGAAGCACAUGAGGAUUUGGGAGAUGGCAAUGAUGAGGAUGAAGAGCCUGAUGAAGCAUCUGACACUGAUAGCGUUGACGAAUGGUUUCAGAAGCUAUCCCAGUCACAAUUUGAUGAUAAUUGUGAUGAUGACCUUGAAAAUGACAAUUGUGUUGAGAAAGAUAAUGAUGAUUGUAACACCGAUAAUUGUCAUACAAUCAUGUCAUCUGAUGAUAUGAAUGAGUUAAAUAAAGAUCUUGGUCUCUGUAGGAAACAAGAGACUGAGGUUAAUGAUGUAAGUAGUAUAAAAAGUGACAAUAUUCGCAUAGAUGAGCAUAAAAUUACUGACAUUAGUAAAAACUCACUAAAUGAAAAAAAUUUAAGUAAACAAACUUUAAAAAAAAAAUCUGUAAGUGUAAAACGAAGACAUUCUGAAUCAUCAUUAGGAGAUCAUAAAAAUAAGAGUUCUAAAAAAACUGACGAUGUUUUCCUGGAAACAGAUAGUCAGUUAAAUGAAAAAAUAUUUAGAAAACAUCCUUCGGGUUCAAAAAGAAAGCUACAAGAUUCUUCCGAGGAAGAUGAAGGCAUUGAACCAAUGCACACCAUAACAAAUUUAAAACGCCAUGAUAUUAAUACUAAUGAUUUUAAUAAAACUAAAAUUCAAGAUACUAAAACUAACAAAAAAAGAGUAAAAACUAGUAGUGACUCUGAAUAUAUAUUGGGAAAGAAAUCAAAAAGUAAGCCUAAGAACAAAGAUUUAAAAUGUAAGAACAGGCAAGAAAGGAAAUUGUCCUUAGAGUCAAACUCUGAGACAUCCACUACAAAAAAACAUGUCAACAAUGUAACUGAUGAAAAAACCACUGAGUCUAAUGAUUUGUUGCCUCAUUGGGCAACUAUUAAACAUACAGUUUUGAAGGAGAUCGAUGAAAAGGCAAACUCUUUCAUAAAUACUGAUAUACAAAAACAGUACAGAUGUGAAUUAGUAAAUAGUACAAGAGUAGAAAAUGGGCUUCAAAUUGAUAACAAACGACCUCAGAGUGUGUUUUGUGAUGAUAUUGAAGCACUCAUUGAAAUAAACACUAUUAAAAAAAUUCAAAACUCUGAAGUAAGUGCUAAGUGUACAGAUUUACCUCAUGUAAUAAGUGAAUCAACAGCUACUGUGAAGGCUUCAGAUCAACUGAUUGAAAAAAAAACUGAUUUAAUGAUUGAAAUUACUUCAAAAACGGCAACCGCUUCCUCUACUAUGCCUGAUAAGCUAGGCAUUGUAAGCAAAAAAAUAGGAGCAUCUAAAAAGAGAAAACCAGUCCAAAUAGUCGAUGCAAAGGCAUUGCCAGUGAAAAAGAAGCAGUGGAUUCAUAGACCCGAAACAGAACAGAAUGUGAAAGAUAAGAUAUCAGCUAAAUGUAACAAGGCAGACUAUAAAGCUAUAAGAAAGGAGAAGUUAAAAUUUUUAUCUGAAUCAAAAAAGGACAAAGUAAUUGUUGGUGAAAAACUCAAACCUCAAAAUACAGCCAAAACCACAACAAAAGUCACCAAUAAAAGUCGAAAUGAGAUGUUUUUAGAUACCUUAGUGUCCAAAAUCAGUACGCCAAAUGACAACAAUCAAACCUCAGUAAAAGGUUAUAAAGAAUCUAAGACUAGCAAAUUGUCAUCUUUUAAAAUACCGCGUCUAUCAUCUAAAGUGGUUAAUUCAACAAGUAUUGAUGAUUCAUCGAAAACAUCUGAGAUUGCAACAGUUCCUUCAGAAGCUACCAAUCAUCCUCCAAAACUCAAUAGAGCCCCUACAAAACCAACUCAGCUGGCAAAUAUUCCUGAAACCUCUAGCUCAACAAAUGAUAACAAUGGUUAUCUGGUUGACCAAAUAUUAUCAAGUACAAUGUCGAAUUCUACUCAUAAAAACACAGAGAAGAGAAUUUCUCGUGUGACUCAAAGAGCUGUGGGUGGCAUAGAAAAUGAAGAACCAGUAUUGAUGAAACCUCUCCCUGACAAUUGGGAGUUUCCAGUAAAUGACACGUCUUGCUUAAAACCUAUUUUAAAACUAGUACCAGAGGAAAAAAAGGAAAAAUCUAACACCAAUAAAGUCAAGUUUAAUUUCCCUGGUGAUAGCGUCAGUUGCGUGUAUGGUAAAAUCUAUGACUUUGAAAUCGAAGAAGGUGCAAUCCUAAAACCUGUUUCAAAACAAAGUACUGCAAAGGUGGACUUGCCUCCUCCAAGAAGAAAACCAGAUGUUGCGACUGCUAUUAGUACAAGCUAUUUCGAUGAGACAAUACAUUGCAUUUGUAAUUGGAAUUGUGCCUGGUUUUCUGAAAAGAGCAGGUGUAAGGGUGAACCCUGCGGUAUUUACUCAGGCCAGUUAUAUCAUUUGAAAAAUGAUUUUGUCAGUUACGCAGACUACCGAAGAGGGAUGUACCCGCUGAUGUUGUAUCAGCUAUGGCAGUCCAUAUGUAAACAACAUGAUGUCAUUCAGCACAAAACUUUUUUUGGCUCCACUCUUACAACUAAGAGCUCAAGGAAUAAACCAUAUAGAAUUGAGAUCAAACAUAGUUCUGAAAAAGAAGUUAAAAAUAAGUUUAUAAUACCUCAAAAAGAAAAUGAAAAAAGAGAGCUAACUCGGCUGGAGUGUCAAGUACUGUUGGAUGACAAAGAUCAGAUAAACGCUCCACGUCAAGGGGACUUGGUCGUACUAGACGUCACAUUCGUGGACAAGGAGGGAAUAGUCACGGACCCAAGACAGCUGAAGCAGCGGAUACUGGCCUACAUAUAUACAAGCAACAGAGGAUCCAUCUCGAGCCACAGAGACGUCUCUGUACAUCUCAAGAAUAAAAAUCCUAAAGCGUCUCAUAUAAUGGACUGCUCGAUGUACAUCAAGAAGAAGAAGCUGGAUAUAGACAGGAGAGCAGAAACUCGUCUCGCUGUAAUAAAGAAUAUCAAUUCGGAUUUAAGACAGUUCAAUGCUCUGGACCAGUUGUCUUCCUCUCCUCUGCUGUCGAUCAUCUGCGACCCCAUGAAGAAUACCCAGCCACUUCCGACUGUAGAUCUGCAGCAGAAUUUGCUCGCACCUAUUAUGCAGGAGCGAUUAAACCCCUCUCAGAAGAAGGCUGUACUAAUUGUGGCCAAGGCGUGCUCGACCCAGUCAAACUCGCUACAUCUCAUCCAUGGACCUCCAGGUUGUGGCAAGUCGGAGGUGAUCAUGGGAAUCAUCUUGCAGAUGUGGUUCGAUAAGCGAAAUAACCCUUUGCGAAUAUUACUGUGUGCACCGUCCAAUGCCGCAAUUGAUGACAUCUUCCUCCGCCUCAUGCAUUUUCGUCAAAACUGCCUUAUAAAUGUUUCAAAGUAUAAUAUGGUGCGAAUUGGACGCUCAGAGAAUAAAUCUAUCAGCAACCUGACUUUGGACACAAUAGUUCAGAACGAACUAAAAAACCAGAUGUCCAAACUGAAUGAUGAGGAAGAGAAAUUAGUUCAGCUUUCACACUUGGAAGCCAAGAAAAAUCAGCUCACUUAUCAGAUUGAAAACCUAGGCAAGAAGAAGAAUGACUUCCGUUACAUCCACACUUUGGAGACUAAAUUGGCUGACACCAUUAAAGCUAUUAAGGAACUGGAAUGCGGAAAUACUAAAAAAGUAUUUGAAUUGAAGGAACAGAGGGAGAAGAAACGACACAUGGAGCUUCGCGUAUUGGAGAACGCGCACAUCAUAGUGACUACACUGUCUUCGUGCUUCAACUCCCAAAUGGAAAUGGCUCAGAUGCAGAGGAAGCUAAAAUGGACUUGUUGUAUUGUGGACGAAGCUACGCAGUGCAUCGAGCCAGACAACCUGAUACCAUUGUUGUUAGGAGUGAACAACUUGGUGCUGGUGGGAGACCCGCAUCAACUUCCUGCCACCGUUCUGUCUGAGACAGCAAAACAGCACGGGCUGGCAAGAUCGCUGUUUGCACGACAUCAAGACUGGUGGCACAGGCAGCGUCGUGACAUAACCAAUGACCACUACCAUUUCCUCAACACACAGUACCGCAUGCACCCGGCCAUUGCACAGUGGCCGUCCGAGUACUUCUACAAGAAAGAAGUCAUCUCACACGAGUCUCUGGAGAGUCGAAGUGCCAACUUUCCACUCCAGCCCUACCUUGUGCUCAGCCAUGAACACACACAAAGCUUCCAGGAGGAGUGUAACUACAGUGAAGCAAAAAUGGUAGGGAACUUGGUCCAUAAAAUCCUAGAAUCUGAACUGGUUGAUCCGAAGACUACCAUUGGAGUCAUCACUCCUUACAAUCGUCAAAGAGACCAAAUCAAGAAGUGCAUUGGAUUCAAUGAGUAUGUGGAAGUGGGCUCAGUGGACAGUUAUCAAGGUCGGGAGCGGGACAUCAUCAUCUUCUCAUGUGUGCGGACUGAGGGAAUCGGAUUCAUGUCAGAUAUGGAGCGCCUCAACGUUGCGUUGACCCGCGCACCGCCACUCACUCAUUAUCGUCGGCAACUUCAAAUCUCUACAGAAAGAUGAGACGUGGGCUCUGCUGCUGAAUAAUGCCAAGAGCCGGAACUUGUACCGAAAUGUGGUUCACAGCCACCAGGACCUCUUCCAGAUAAUUCUCAAGCCAGAGUGGGCUGAGAGGGCGAGCUGAUGUGCCAUCACUGUGAACGAGGAUAUUGUGGCGUGAUUUACUCUGUAGAUGUUUUAUGAUGUGUAAAAUUCCGCAUUUUCAGUGUGACAUGUCAAUUUAGUUUUUUAAUUUUAUAACUAAACUUCAGUAACUUGUGAUUAUUCAAGUACACACGAUUCCUUAUCGAACAGCUUAGUCAGCUAAUCUAGUCAAUUUGUGACUACAUUAGAUGUGUUAAAAAUUAACUGCAAGGUUAUCCAGUGUAAAUUAAGUGUUACAUACUGUAAAUAUUUCAUCCUACCGUUGUAGGUAAUAAAGUGUAGAGUUAGUGUAAACGUAACAAUAAAGUGAUAUAAAUAUUACAUAGUCUUUAGGCUGUAUUCGGUUAGUUUUUGUUUUGACAACAGUAAUUAGCUGUAUCAUUGUUUUUGUUACGUUUUGUAAAUAACGUUUGUAUAGCUUUUAUAAUAAAAUUAGUACGUUAAGUGUUAUUAGGAGAAGCUUUGAUGCACUACAUAAACGUUUGUUGAUAAUAAAUAUGUCUCUUCCUUGAUGAUGUGCUAAAAACAUUUGAGAGAGAUACUAAAAUUACUGAUAAUUAAAUAAUAAUAGAUUAAUAAUAAUUAUAAUAAGUUUAAAACAUAAUAAAUUUGUACAGAGAUGGUUGGGGUUGUCCUGUGUCAAGACUCUUGGGCUGCUUCACAAAAAUAUUUAGUAAUAAGAUUAUUUGUUCCUAAAAUCAUGUGAGACAAAGUUGAGAAGCUAAUAUUUAUGGGAUUGAGCUUGUCUAUUUGAGGUGUGUUUUGUAUCAAAAUAUACAGGGCACAACUACAAUGUUGUUAUGUUAAGUUUUAUUUUAAAGUAACUGUGUUUCUACAUACAAUCCAGUGAGCCCAAUACAGUGUAUUUUGUAUUCCUGAGGAUAAACUCAGUUAAGCAUUGACGAAUCUUGGUUCACUUGGUUGUGGUCAGGGGUAGGUUCCAUUGCAGUUCAGAUGAUCAUUGGAAAGUUAAACUUUUGUCUGAACAAAGGUUCUUUUCUCCUUUGCUUGAAGAUUCGUCUACAAGAGACACGCACCUGGGGGUUUUUAAACUCAUUCUACUAAUUCAUUGUGUUAAAACUAGCCAAUUUAGAUUUUAGCUUCUGAUGAUCUUCAUAGAGUGAACCACUGCACAUCACACUGUCCAGGCAAGAUCUUUGAUCAAAUUUGAGUUCUUGGCAGACAAAAACGAUUGAGCUCAGAGCAUCAGUUCUGUAAACUUACAAUUACAACUUUCCACUAGCCUCGAUCAAUAUUUUCCAAAUACGUUUCAUCCACCGUAAGAAAACCCAAUGUACAAAUCGUUGCACAAGAGCAUGGAGGAUACGGUCACAAGGAAAUUGGUUGAUUUGACUCCUUUAAUUAUCACUAUUCACUUAUAGGCUUCAUGCAAAUGCAAAUCUUUUUGAUUACAGCUUGGCAGCAUGGUUAUUUAUCUUUAUUCCUAUCAGAAAUGUGGCGAAGUGCAACAAUUCCUAAGAGAUCUUUGAAAGUUUAAUAGGAUUGAACACUGCUCGCUGCGUAUUGUUUAGUUCCAUUAUUGUAUAAAUAUAAAUUGAACUUUACUUCCAAGGCAGUGGAACUAAUUUAUGUCAUCAAUCAAAUUUCAUAGGAUUUUAUUGAUUAAUUUCUAAGUUCCAGACAUCCCAAUGGGCUCUAUCUGCAAUCAAUUCAGAUAAUUGGAUUGUGAUUAUAACUAACUAGAGAUGGAUGAAUUCCAGGUACAUAUCCUCCAGUUCCACCGAUUUGUUACAUAUUACAGUAAACUAGGAUUAAUUGGGAAAAUUGAAUCGCAAGCUCUGAUUGUGGUCUAGUGAAUACAACUUAUAAUUGUAUAUAAUCUUUAAGAAAUUAUGAUAAGUUACAAUUUGAGCUGGAAUAAAUGUUCAGGUAGAUGGUAGCUGGUUGGUUCUUGAGCGCUGAAGUCAACAAAAGGUUACUUAAAUUAAUAUUAAGGGAUAUACUUUCCAAACCAAAGACUUGUAAAUAUAACCGUCAUUACAUGUAGUGUUGCAGAGAAAUAAACCCUUUUGAUAUAUCAUUGGACAAUUGAGUAAAAUGUAUUAGUUUACAGAAUAUGACAUUUUUUAAUAAAGUGAAAUUUGUUUAGCAUUUAAAUUUAAUUUGUUUUUAUUGAUUGUUCCAACAAUUUACUUUAUAAAAUUGAAAAAUAUAUGUAUUGUUUAUUUCUAUAUAAUCUCCAACCAAUUAAUCAAGAAUAAUUAAUAGUUCUUCAAUCGAAUUGCUGUCAUAUAUUACAAAAGUAUUAUAGGCUAGAGAUAUGUUAGUUUUAAUCAUUUUGAUACAUUCCCUAAUAACUAGUUUAAAAUUUCCUUACAAUUAAUUUAAAAUUCAAUGUCAUUAAAAUCAUAUAUUUACACAUCAACUGAACGUAAUAUUUUAUUUUCAACCACUUGACCAACACAUUCUUGUUACAAAUAAUGUUGGCAUUAUGAGGUUUAUAAAAAAUUCUUUUACUAAUGUAGGUGUAGUUAUGUUAAAAUUUGCACAGUGCGUAGAAAAAAAAAUAGAAAUUUUGUACACGUUUUUUUAGUUUGGAUGCUGUCACUUGCACAUUUUUGUGAUCGUCCUUAUCAUCGUAAGUUGGUAUUGACAGGUUUAAUAUUUCUAGAAAAUAUCUUUCUGUCAUUUUUCUACAUUAAAACAAAGUCAUGUUUAACUUUUUCUUUUAUGGUCCUCAAAAAUGUUUAACUAUCCCACGAACGGAAAUGCAUGUUAUUUAUUAAUUUUUUCAUAAAUUGUAGUAUUUUUAUUUUAAGUGAAAUUAUAUUAUCAAUAAAUAUGAAUAUUGUUUAGUUAACCCUUUGAGCCUCCAUUGACGAUUUAGCCGGCACUGCUAUUUUAGUAGCUUUUAUUAUUUUCAAAACUGGUAUUUGUUAUAUCCAACAACUUUUCAUAGAAGUGUAUGUUAGGCUUUACUGAAUUAAUAGCAAUGAUGUUUAGUUGUCUUUGCCUUUCCAUUUUAUUUUGUUUGUCAAAAAUAUCUUUGUAGCAGAGACAGUUGUCUGUUGAUGUCAUCUCUUACACAUUUCAGCUAUUGCGUAAUAAAAAAUCUAUCUAUAGAUAUUUUUGUUUGUUUGCUUAUGUUUCUGGUUUCUUUAUAUAAGAAAAAAUACAACAUUUAAUAUAAAAAUAGUUACAGUUGGUAAAAUUGUGUUUUUAAAAAGUUCCUAAAUCUAAGUUGCAUAUCUAAAUUUGUUGAAUGAUUGUAGUUAUACAUAUAACUAAUAAACUUUUUAAAGGAACAAAUUUUAGUUUUAUGUAGCAUUUAAUCCUAAAAUUUUAUAUUAUACCCAUACAAGAAAACAUCAUAUUAUAACUGUAAGUUUUCAAACAAAACUUAGCAAAUAGGUCUGGGGUAUUUCAGGUAACUUAGAGGCAAACAUCUCCUUGGUGCAGUGCUAGCUAACAAUAUUUUUACCUCCGGCAUUCAAAGGGUUAACAAAAAUAAUUUCAAGAGUAAACUCUAAAUAAAUUUUUAUAAAUCAAGAGAUAAAUGUAUCUAUUAAGUAAUACAAUCAAUAUAAUUCCAUAAUUUAAUUACUAGAAAAUUGCUUGUUAAUUUAAAAAAAUGUAAUUUAUUGAUAGGAUUAAUUUUAUAUGAUUCACUCUAUGUUACUGUAUGUAUAGAUGUUUACCAAAUAAAUAUAAUUAUUGUGUUCCAAAUUAAUUUGUUAUUAUUAUUGUAUGGACUUGUUAAUUUUUUAUAUAUAAUAAGUUAAAAUAUGGCUGUGCAAAAAUAGUUACAGAUUGGAGUUUUGUUCUGGUAGGCAUGUUUAUCAUUACAGGAAAAAUUUCUAAGUUUUGUAUUUUUACUGGUAAGUCUUCAAAUUUUGAAUUAAUCGUAUUAAGUACUUAAGUAAAUGUACAUAAGUUCCUUA